AUGACCCCUCGCGCCGAGGGACGUUCAAGACGACAACCCCGGCCGACGACCAAGAGAUCAAGAGACUCCAACUCCCCGGGAGCGGAGACAGCACGCCACAGCGCCUCUCCUGCCGAGCCGAGGAGACCUGCCCUCAAGACCUCCCAUCAAAGAGCCCUUCUUCGGGACUGCACUCCUAGCCCCGAGGAGGAUUGGGAACUCCCAACUCCCAGGGAUCGAGGAGUGACUGCUUGCUACUCUCCCUUCCGCUGCCGCCCGGCCCCCGCGCGCCACACACUCCACAAUACCUCUUUAAGCCCGCCCCCGCCCCCCCCUUACAACCUGGGCACUCAGGUCAUAGAGGUAAGCGCCAUCACUGCAGCCUGCAACCAGCGUCCCUUCCGGCAUGGUGUCUACGGCGAGCGUUUCGGUAGCACACCGGAGACGGCAAGAGAGACAGGAGACAGUCCGACGGCCGGAGAGCAGCGGUAUAAAUACCAGCCAAGCCAGCACCCAACAGCCGAGGGCCGCACAACAGCAUCCUCGCCGCCACCCAAGCCAGGCAUCCCGGGUGCCACCAGUCGUCAACGCAGAGGAGCCAUGUCACCGAGCGGAACCACAUGCAGAACCAGCAGCGACCCACAAAAAGUCGGUCCCCAGCUGAGUCCCGCGAGGGCCGCCCACUGGCCCGCCCCGCGUGGACGGGACACGUUGACGCCGGUUCUGACGCCGCCGGCCUGCGCUCGCGCCCACGAGGCUCUGCGUAAUGCGGCUCGUUCGUUGCCCGGCACCAGCCGCAACUACGACGGAGGCGGCGACGCGGCAACGGAUGCGUAUCGGGGUUAG